GUGCUCCCACCACGCGGCGGCAUGGCCUUUGGCAAGCCAAGCUGGCAGCACAGGAGGAGUCACCAAGCUGGAGCUGGCAUCAAGAGGGAGGAGAGACCCUUCCUCUGCACCAAGUGCGGGGAGAGCUUCAGCUGGAAGGAGAGCUUGCAGGUGCACCAGAGGACGCACACUGCGCAGGAUGGGAGCCACGCCUGCCACGUCUGCGGAAAGACCUUCAGCCGCCACGGGAACCUCCUCACCCACCAGAGGCUGCACACGGGCGAGCUGCCCUUCCCCUGCCCCGACUGCGGCCGCAGCUUCCCCAGCCGGACCAGCCUUGUGGCACACAGCAGGCAGCAUCGGCGAGGCGGCAGGCCCUUCCCCUGCCCACAGUGCCGCCGCUCCUUCGGCUCCGCGGACAAACUCCUGGAGCACCAGGCGGCCCACGGCAUGAAGGAGAGGCCCGUCAAGCAAGAGGCUGAGCCGUAGCCCCUUCGAUGGAUGCUGCAAGGCUGGCCCUGGUCCCAGGGAGAGGCUCCCCUGGGGAUGGUCCUCCCAGCCUCCGGAAGGGCCCGCAGGGGCUGAGCUCUCCCUCUCCCUCUGGCUGUGUGUGCCUGUGGAGGCACGUGCCCAUUUUCCCACACCCACGUCUACGGGUUGCUGCAGAAACAGUGUGGCGUGUAAGAGCGUGUGCUGCUGGUGCCUGAGGUGCUAAUCCUGCUCAGCCACAAACCUUCCUAAGCUGUUUGCUCCCUUCUAAUCUAGCCCUCCCCACAGGAACGGGGCAAGGAGAACUCAUCAGAACCGCUGAGCACCCGCUCAGUCCCUGGCAGUUCUGGGCAACAUCAGCUGUGGCUGGCGUUCCGGAUGUGCCUGCUUUCUCACCUCCGUCACACUCUCAGUCGACAUUUUCGUCAGCCCGUUUUUUUUCUCAGUUGCUGCCAGUUCAGCUCUGGUCAGCGGCAGAGCAGAAGGUGCCCAGAAGCAUCCCCACUGGGAGGGGCCAGGCGCUGGGUGGUGGGAGGGGCCAGCAACUCCACCUGACCUCCUGGGGAGUGGCUGCCAGUCAUAGGAGGCAGGACCAGAGGUGGGAUCCAGCAGGUUCUCACAGGUUCCCGAGAGUAGGUUACUAAUUAUUUGUUCGUGCUGAGAGGGGGUUACUAAUGGGUGAUUUUGCCACGUGAU